ACGUUAACAGAUCGGUGUCGUCUCUCUUAAAUGACGAAGUAAACUCCCGACUUUCCAAACCCUAGACGUGGUCGGUUGCUUCUCUUGUUCUUGCCUUCCCCCGCUCGUCAGGACCGCAAGACAAGGCGUCGGUGAUUUCUAUCGUUCUCCUCCGUCAACUCGUGAUCCGGCGGCCGGCGCGAUUGAGGAACCCUUCUUCUGGUUCAACUCUUCUUCAACCUAAUACUUCCAAAAAGUCAUGUUUUGCUCGAUGAAUAUACACAUUUAAAACCUGCAUAAUCUUGAUUAGAAACAAUGGAUGCCCACGGACGAAUACCAUCAGCUCAUGGGGGGCGGACUAUCCAAGCACCUGGAAUGAUGCGGCAUGGCCCUCUUCCUGGGCUUGGUCCAUCUGAUCCCCACAUUAGAGAUCCCCUUCCACUUGAGCUCCUUGAGAAAAAGGUUGUAAUUCAAGGAGCUGAGAUGGAAAAACUUGCACGAGAAAAUCAGAGACUGGCAUCUAGUAACGUAACAAUGAGACAGGAGCUUGUUGCUACUCAAAAAGAAAUGCAGAGCCUGCAAGCUCAUCUUGGAAACAUUCGAUCUGAAAGUGAUAUCAAAGUUAGAGGAUUGCUGGAAAAACUUGGAAAAAUGGAAGCUGAUAUCUAUGCAGGUGAUGUCCUCAAAAUGGAAUUCCAGCAAGCACACUCAGAGGCACAGAGGUUGUUUAUUGGCAAUCAAGAACUGACUGCGGAAAUGAAGCUUGUGACAGAAGAACUAGAGACCUUGUCAGUUGGCACCAAAAAGUUGCCCGAUUUACAAUCUGAGUUAGAUGGUUUGAGACAGGAGCACCAGAAACUACGCACUACUUUUGAGUAUGAGAAGGGUAGAAAUGUCGAGCAAGUGGAGCGGAUGCGAUCCAUGGAAAGGAACCUGAUGUCCAUGGCAAGCGAAAUUGAGAAGUUAAGAGCUGAAAUAGCAAGUGCUCAACAAAGAACAGCUCCACCAAACGCUCAUGGGCACGCCUACCCACAAGCAGCAAACCAAUAUGGAGCUACAUAUCCACCACCACAAGCAGCAAACCAACAUGGAGGUGCAUACCCUCCAGCUGCUGGACAUGCCUUAGUGUACGCCGGUGGUUAUGGUACCGGUCUCAGUUACACCGAUGCUGGUUUUGAUUAUGCUAAUUCUUCCUACUAUUCUGAAGCAUAUGGAAGACCUCAUACCCACAUAAGUGGAACACCUGCUGAAGGCAUUAUUCCUUAUAGUGGCACAGGUAAUCUCGGCAGUAUGAACACUUACAGAGGGCCUUAGCCCCAUUGAUCUGUAAGAAGCGAUGCAUUUCAGUCGGAUUGGUGUGAUUUGACAAUCCAUUGUAUAAGGUGUAUUUGUCGAUCUGAACCCAGUUUUAGCAUUAUAUGUUUUGCUACUUAAACAUGCUGCAAUUGAAUUUCUGUAGCGUGUUUUUAGAAAACAAGAAUGAGAAUUGCCAGAAGAUGAUUUCAGGUGAAA